CCCCCUCCCCCGGCUUCGACGCCUCUCGCAGUGCGGUGCGCAGGCGCGGCCUGGCGCGGGGGCUAGUGGGACUGCCUGCGGAGGGCAAGCAUGUCGGGGAUCCGUGUGUUGUCGCGGCUGCUUCCUGCCCGGCGUCUGGCGCUGACCAGGGCGCAGUGGCCAGCAACAUUGCAGACCCGUGGUUUUCACUUCACUGUUGAUGGGACUAAGAGGGCAUCUGCUAAAGUUUCAGAUUCAAUUUCUACACAGUACCCGGUGGUGGAUCAUGAAUUUGAUGCAGUGGUGGUAGGUGCUGGAGGGGCCGGCCUGCGAGCUGCGUUUGGCCUCUCUGAGGCGGGGUUUGACACAGCCUGUGUGACAAAGCUCUUUCCCACCAGGUCACACACUGUCGCAGCCCAGGGAGGAAUCAAUGCUGCUCUGGGGAACAUGGAAGAGGACAACUGGAGGUGGCACUUCUACGACACCGUGAAGGGCUCCGACUGGCUGGGGGACCAGGAUGCCAUCCACUACAUGACAGAGCAGGCCCCCGCCUCGGUGGUUGAGCUGGAGAAUUACGGCAUGCCCUUUAGCAGAACCGAAGAUGGGAGGAUCUACCAGCGUGCCUUUGGUGGACAGAGCCUCAAGUUUGGGAAAGGCGGGCAGGCCCAUCGGUGCUGCUGCGUGGCAGACCGCACAGGCCACUCGCUGCUGCACACGUUGUAUGGAAGGUCUCUACGAUAUGAUACCAGCUAUUUUGUAGAGUAUUUUGCCUUGGAUCUCCUGAUGGAAAAUGGGGAGUGCCGUGGGGUUAUCGCACUAUGCAUAGAAGAUGGGUCCAUCCAUCGCAUAAGAGCAAAGAACACUGUUGUAGCUACUGGAGGCUAUGGGCGCACCUACUUCAGCUGCACGUCUGCCCACACCAGCACAGGCGAUGGCACGGCCAUGAUCACCAGGGCAGGCCUUCCCUGCCAGGACUUGGAGUUCGUUCAGUUCCACCCUACAGGCAUAUAUGGUGCUGGCUGUCUGAUCACGGAAGGAUGCCGCGGAGAGGGUGGCAUCCUCAUCAACAGUCAGGGCGAAAGGUUCAUGGAGCGGUACGCCCCCGUCGCAAAGGACCUGGCAUCCAGAGAUGUUGUGUCUCGGUCCAUGACUCUGGAAAUCCGGGAGGGCAGAGGCUGUGGCCCUGAGAAGGAUCAUGUCUACCUGCAGUUGCACCACCUUCCCCCGCAGCAGCUGGCCACACGCCUGCCAGGCAUUUCAGAGACGGCCAUGAUCUUCGCGGGUGUGGAUGUCACCAAGGAGCCCAUCCCUGUCCUUCCCACCGUGCAUUAUAACAUGGGUGGCAUUCCCACCAACUACAAGGGGCAGGUUCUGAAGCAUGUGAACGGCCAGGAUCAGGUCGUGCCUGGCCUGUACGCUUGUGGGGAGGCCGCCUGUGCCUCAGUGCAUGGCGCCAACCGUCUUGGGGCAAACUCGCUCUUGGACCUGGUUGUCUUUGGCCGGGCGUGUGCCCUGAGUAUUGCAGAGUCCUGCAAACCUGGAGAUAAAGUUCCCCCCAUUAAACCAAAUGCUGGGGAAGAAUCUGUCAUGAAUCUUGACAAACUGAGGUUUGCUGAUGGCAGUAUAAGAACGUCGGAACUGCGACUCAGCAUGCAGAAGUCGAUGCAAAGUCAUGCUGCAGUGUUCCGUGUGGGAAGCGUGUUACAGGAAGGCUGUGAGAAAAUUAGCCAGCUCUACGGAGACCUUAAGCAUCUGAAGACGUUUGACAGAGGAAUGGUCUGGAAUACUGACCUGGUAGAGACCCUGGAGCUGCAGAACCUGAUGCUUUGCGCGCUUCAGACGAUUUAUGGAGCAGAGGCCCGGAAGGAGUCACGUGGUGCUCACGCCAGGGAAGAUUACAAGGUGCGGAUUGAUGAGUAUGAUUACUCCAAGCCCAUCCAGGGGCAGCAGAAGAAGCCAUUUGAGGAGCACUGGAGGAAGCAUACUCUUUCCUAUGUCGAUGUCAAGACCGGGAAGGUCUCGCUGGAAUACAGACCCGUAAUCGACAGGACUUUAAACGAGGCUGACUGCGCCACAGUGCCCCCGGCCAUUCGCUCCUACUGAUGGGAACGGAGCUGACCCCCCGUGGAAUUAUGUAUCAUAGCUCAUGUGUGUAUUCAUAUCAUGACGGCUUUUUAAAAUUCUGUACUCUCGUGAACAAGGAGUGCCAUGCGAACAGAGAUUGUCUACCCAGUGGCCAGCCCCUUGCCAGUAAAAAACAGCCAGGAAAUGUUAAGCUUACCUUUAUCCCUUGCUUCAUUCUUGUGAAAUAAUAAAACUGGGCAUGAUUCUUAAAUAACAUGUAAGUUACUAAUUUGCUCUCAAGUCCAUUUAAAAUCUUACAGUGUUUGACGUUAGGCAUAUUUGUUGACUGAAAUAUAAAAUGUGAUUUUCUUUUUAUUCUGUUAAAUCGAAAUCUAGAAAUUUUGUUGUAUAUAUUUAAAUAAAAAUGAAUUUUGGUGCCUGACAGCAAAUGAAGAAACAGUUCCUCCUUAUUCUGAGUAAGCAGGUGGUUUAAUAUGUGAACAUGUGUCCUGGAGUAUUCAAGUAACUUAAAUACUAAACGAGGCAGAUGUGGUUGUACAUGGAUUUCUUCCUUCCCCACUUCCUUUCAGAUGCUGCUCAAGAUCACCUUCCAAAUUCUUGUCUCAGGGUCCGCUUCUGUAGAAUCCAAUCCAAGGCAAUUUGGUUCGUUCAUUUCAGACUCUGUUUUUCAAUUUUAGGGAUUGUCUUUAAAAAUUUAAAGUUUAUUAAUGUGUAAAACAUUUACAUGAUUUCCAAGUCCAUUGAAUUCAGAGCUCACCUCCUUAAUUUUCACUGCAUCCUCUCCUCUCUCUGUUCCAUAGCAACGACUUUAUCUUUCUAGUGAGUGUUUUAAGAAAAAAGAAAGCAAAUAAAUACUUGCCUUAUAUUAUAGA